GACGUCACUGUGCACCGCGCACGGCCCGGGUGCCGACGUGGCGCGAGGAUGGGCGGAAGGGAUGUGUGACUUGCGAGACUGUCAGCAAGGCUGAGCACCAUGUCACAAGAGGAGGCAGUGGGAGGCCCCUCCCCACGCUCGGACCCUCCGCUCUUCGAGACCUCUUCAGACGAGCACCCCCCUGGGGCUGAAGCCGUUACACCCCGACCUCCAUCUGCUCCUCCACCCACUCUGGGCGAACCACAGCAUGAGACAAGAGAGGAGGGUGCUGCAGUUCCAGCCAACCAGGCCCAAGAGGUGUCACAGGACCAAUCACAGGCUGAGGAGGAGUCACAGGACCAAUCACAGGAUGGCACCAAGGUUCAAACGACUGAUUGCAGUGAAUCGGUGAACUUGGAGCCAGAAGCUACUGAAGCGGAGGUGGAGCCCUCAGAACAAUCUACAUCUAAAGGUUGGGGAUGGGGCUCCUGGGGAAAGGCUCUACUGACAUCCGCUACUUCCACAGUGGGUCAUGGCCUUAGCUCUGUGCGGGAGAAGGCGGGUGUGACCCUGCGGGGUCGUCAGACGUCGACAUGCGAGGAUGCCGAGGAGGCAGUGGAGAACUCUGAACCAGACGGCACGUUGUCGCCGGCGACUGAGCCGGUGGACGACCUGGCAGGACGGCCUGGCACCACGGCCCGGGGCAUGCUGUCCUCCAUCACCAGCGCCAUGCAGAACACUGGUAAGUCUGUGUUGACUGGAGGCCUUGAUGCGUUGGAAUUCAUCGGGAAGAAAACGAUGACGGUGUUGGCAGAGAGUGACCCGGGCUUUAAGAAGACCAAAAUACUGAUGGAGAGAACCGUCUCCCUCUCACAGAUGCUGAGGGAAGCUAAGGAGAAGGAGUAUGAAAGACUGAGCAGUCAGGUGGUGACUGAGCCCACGGCCCAUUACAGUGUUCUGUUUGAUGAUUAUCAAGGCCUGUCCCACCUGGAGGCCCUGGAGAUGCUAUCCAAUGAGAGUGAAUGCAGGGUUCAGGCUGCUCUUGCCUCUCUGGAGGAGGAGUGCUUGGAGCUCCUGAAGAAAGAUCUGAUCGAGAUUAAGGAGCUCUUCAUCGCCAGGGAGGAGGAAGAGGAAGGGCAGCCAGGCUCAGGGGAAAACGCUGCUGAUGGGGAAGAGUUUGUCAGUGUACUCACAGAGCUGCUCUUUGAGUUGCAUGUUGCUGCUACACCAGACAAAUUGAACAAGGCUCGCGUGAAGGCCUAUGACUGGACGAGGGAAGCGGAAAAGCCUGUCGCCACGGACGGUGCUACGCAGGCAUCUGAGGAAUCGAGGGAAGAUGGUCCCGCCCCGUGCCCCUCCCUGGGGUCGGAGGGAGGGGGUGGGGAGGAAGGGGUGGAAAGGAAAGCAGCAGAUGACGGCUCCAACAGGAAAUUGCAGAGUGUGUAUCUGUCCUCAGUAGGCAGUCUCGCAGAGGUGACUGCUCGCAGUAUAGAACAGCUACACAAGGUGGCCGAACUGAUUCUGCAUGGACAAGAUGUAGAGAAACCAGCAGUCCAGCAGGCCAAAAUACUCUCCAGGUUGACUUUUGCAAUGUGCAAGGAAGUGGGCUGCUUGGCGCACAGGUUCUCUGACACACUUUUGGCAGUAGGGAGUCAGAAUAAAGCAGAAGAAUUGAAUCCUCUGGUGAACAGCGUGAUGCUUGAGGGCUCUAACAGCACUACCUACAUCCAGAACGCUUUCCAGCUCCUGCUGCCAGUGUUACAGAUCUCCCAUAUCCAGUCCAGCAGGGCCUUAGCUAGCCCCAACAAACAACCAUCCCCUACAGACUGAGCAGUUUGCCAUGUGUGGAUUUGUCUUUGUGUUUGUGUUUGUGUUUGUGUGUGUGUGUGUGUGUGUGUGUGUGUGUAAGUGUCUGUUGGAAAGUGUGCUGUUUUAUUUCAUGAACUCCUGCAAAAAGUGCAAUUUGUACUUGUGUACAGCAAAACACAUGCACAAAUAUUCUUAUGUAAUUCAGAAAAUAAUAUGGGAACUAAUAACUUAUUGAGGAAGCCAUUAGUGUCUAUCCAUGUAACAUACUGUAACUUUAAAUGUGUUCCAUUACUGUAUGAGCAAAUGCAGAUGAAAGUAAGUUAUUAACUAUCCAUAUUACAAUCCACAGACAAACCCUACAACAGAUUUAACACUGUUUCAAAAUGAGAUAACCCAAAAAAUGUCUGAAGUCCUAGUUUGACAGAAAUAAGUUUUAUGCUUAUGCCAAUAUUUUACACUUAAAAAAAUCAUUUUCUUAAUGACUUUUUUUUUUAGAUCUAGAAAUUCUAUUGAUGUCCUUAUUCAUGUUAUCUAGCUGUGAAUAACAGUAGUUAACAUUCCAGUUCUAGACCUACAUGGAAAAUUCUACAAUCUGAAAGGUUAAGACAUCUCAUUGCUUACUUUUAAGGUAUGACUGAAAAAAAAAGUCUUUGAGGUCCAAAACCCCCAGUACUGCCAAUGCAGGCACAGUGAGUCAAUUGCUUCCUAAACCUGGCACGUUCACUAGUGAGAGACGGAAAGACGUCAGUGCACGCUUUACCCUGAUUGAGUAAGAACUUGUACUGUAUAACAGAGAACUACACUGAGGUGUUUCUGGUGGUUGUAAUGUUAAGUUGUAAUUGCGGUUGACACUUGGACUGCCUUGAUUUUCUUUUCAGGCUGGGUGGCCACAGAAAGCAUUUCUGUGUUUUCAGACUAACCAGCAAAGACUGCUGUUCAGUGUUGUAGAGUGUGCUUAAUUGUACUGAUGUUUCAAUUUAAAAAUAACUUUAACUUUGAUCUGUGGCAUUAAUCUGAGAGUAAAUUAACAGAGGGAUCAGUUACUGUUUUAUUUUCUCUGAACAGUCUAAGAAAGACAUAAACCAGUGUAUUGCUGUAUGCUAGCAAUGUAGUUUAGUGUUGCAUUCACAAGGUGCUUUACCAUGGUGGCGUUCCAGCUACAAAGCCCAAGAAGGCAGGUUUGAUCCCAGCUGACGGCCCCUGGGCUUGUGCAUUCUGUAGCUGCCCCAGCUGCUACUCCAUUGCAGUUGCUAUUGACAAGUUAAAUCUAAAUGCAAUUCUUCAAAUCUACAACUCUGAUAUGGUUCUGAAGAUUGUAAGAAGGGAAGGGAAGAUGCAUGCUGUUUGCCACCAAAGUUAUUCAGACAAAUAGUUUGGUAAUAAUCUCUAUAUGACUUAAGACUGAAAAAUAAAUAAAUAACGGCAA